AUGCCUGUUACUCCCAAGAGAAACAAUGGCCAAGAUCAAUCUCUCACAGUUCUUCUGCGCAAUAUAAUCAGCGAAUACCCCGCCGGAGGUGGUGUCCUUCGCGAGCUUUGUCAAAAUGCCGACGAUGCUGGUGCAGAUACCAUCGAGUUUGUGCUCGAUACGCGGCAACAUCAUACUUCGAACCUCCUACACGAGGACCUUGCGGAAUUUCAGGGAAUCUCCCUCCUCGUAUACAAUAACAAACCAUUUAUUGAAAAAGAUUUCGAGUCCAUAAAGAGGAUUGGUGACAGUGGAAAGGCUAAGGAUCUCACUUCCACCGGAAAGUUUGGCCGAGGAUUUAACAGUGUAAUUAUAAUCCCAUUCUCUGCUUUCCCCCAACGUUCACAUCAAGCACUAAUUUCGCGGCUUUUAGGUAUACAACUGGACCGACAACCCAUCCAUACUCUCUGGAACCUCUCUCUUAUUGCUUGAUCCACACAAGAAAUGGUCUUCGAAAAUUAAUUUCCCCGGAGGUCCGCUUUAUGAUUUUGUCGCUGACUCCAAUGAUUCCGGGAUGAAGAAUCAGCUUUCCGCAUUUGAUAGUAUUUUGAAAACCUAUGAUACAGCUUUCGACGGGACCAUUAUCCGCCUACCAUUGAGGAAUGAGGCUCAAGCUAUAAGAAGCGAAAUCGUCGAGGAUAAUAUGCAUACAUCGCAGGAAGAUAUCGAAGAUGUCUUCGAAUUGUUUUCAAACGAACUUAUGGAAUCCCUACUCUUCUUGCGCAAUCUACGCUCAAUCACCUUGAGAAUUGAUGACACUAUUUUCGCCAAAGCCGAGUCCACUGUCCCGAAUGAGACGAGGAAUGACAGAGGAGAGAACCUCAUCAAUGAGGGGUACCGCCAGGUUUUUGUGGAACAAUCAAAAGAGCAUUUCGGAUCAGACUUUACGAUGGAAAUCAGCAUCCUUCGGAGCCCCGGACCCGGCAAAGAUCCUUCUGAAACUAAGGUUGAAUAUGCGAUAAGUCAUUAUCUACGGAAAUCGGCAGGGAAUGAAGACCUGCAAAAGUGGGCAAGGAACCACAAGCUAUUCCCUUGGGUCGCAAUUGCCAAUCCAUUAGACGUUAGUUCAUCCAAAUUUUAAGUAUAUUAUUUAGUCAAAACUAAUCUAACCCCCAGAAAACACCCGGUUUCGGUGGAAGGCUGUUUACUACCCUUCCCCUCCCGAUUCAGACGAAACACCCUGCCCACAUCCACGGAAUAUUCAGCAUUACCCCAGAUCGGUCCAAUAUCCAUUCCGGGGGUGACACCACCAUGAGCUCCAAUUCAGCCACUCGAUUGGGCGCUCAAUGGAAUGAGUGGUUGCUACAUGAGUGUGUGCCACAUGCUUGGGUCCGCAAUCUAGAGUUCAUGAGGAACGAGAACCUUUCUCCUGGUUGGGAUUUCUGGCCUGCAGGUAAACAGGGGGAAUCAGGGCAAUUGUGGAUGGGCAUUUUGGGGACUGUUUUCAAGAAGGUCGUUGAGGAUGGUCUCGAGCUACUGCCAACCGUUAGCGGAAUAGUAAAACCAGCCAAAGAAGUGGUAUUCACCCUUGGUAUUCCCGAAGAUCUGCAUUUCUCCUUGAGAGAUGCUGAGGCUCGUGUCGUGCUUCCCCCAGAAGACCGAAGAACUGAAAUUGGUUCCCUGGAUCACACGAUAGGCCUCGAAUACCUUUCGCCUUCUGCUGGACGGCGCCAUUUGACGACUAUCAAAGACUCUGAUGCACUCCUAAACCUAGAUAUCAAGCCCCGGAUGGUCCUGUUAGAUUAUGUUCUGUCGGAUCGCCAGGCCAAGGAUUUUAAAAAUUGUGAAGCCCCCCUAAUCCCUCUGUUGGAUGGCACUUUUCGAGGGCUUGAGAUGCCCUCAUCCCAGGAUAAUCGAGUACUCCUAGCAAGAGACACAAUUGAAGAGAAGCUGUUCUGUAAGUCACUAAAAAAGACAGUGAAGAGAGACGCUCUUUCCGAGAGAUCGCGGGAAACACUCGUGACUCACAUCGCUGAGAUAGAACAAUACACAAGAAUCAAGGCCUGGACCGUUGAAGAUGCGAUUCAAUAUUGUUUUUCCUACGAAUUCAGUGGAAUAGCCGAACAAACACCAGUGGUUAAAAUCGAUAAACCUGGGUUCGCAGAUUUCGUUGAGUUAUUCUGGAAGUGGGUCUCCAUGGCUCUGCAUAGGCAGACUGGAGGGCCCAUAUUUGCGAGAGCGUUGAAGGAUCUAUGGCUUAUCCCCCUCGGAGGAGGAAUGUUUCAGAGGAUCGGAAGUACCUCUGAAUAUCCGGUCCUGAAUGUAUCGGUGAACAAGGGAAUUGGCUCCUUUCUAAAACGAACUAAAUCUAACCUCGCAAAUCGCUUCGGGCCCGUGGUAAUGCAUCUCUGCACGGGAGAUGGCUUCCCACAAGCUACACAAAUCCUCCGAGAGCUCGGGAUUAUCAAGGAUUAUGACGAUCGGGAGUCCCUGAUGAAGUGGUUUGAAGCUACCAUGAAAGUUUUUGCGGAAAAAUUGGAUCGUACCGAAAAAAUGGAAUUAAUACGACAUCUAUUUGACCUGUCAAGAGAUUGUAGUGCAUCCGAGAGAUCAUGCAUGGAAUCAACGGUGCGGAAAUUGCCCAUAUUUCAGGAAGCAAAUGACUCGAUCCCGAGCGAACGGUUAGCUCCUCUUCCUAUUAAUUUUGAUGGUUAGGCUAACAAAGUUACGAAGCCCUUGGAUCUCGAUAUCCAGCCUUGACCCCAAUCCUCUUGCAAUAUAUGUUGGGGUAGAGAACCUACCAAUCACACUAGACACACCUCAACAUAUUUUCAUCGACAUAAGGUAUCGCGAGCUCAAGGGACUGGUCUCCCACCUGGAACUAUUCAAGUGCCCCUCUGUUUCCGAGAUACUCGGAGAUCAUGUCGUUCCUAGAAUCGCGGAAACCGGUGCAAGCGACGAUAAAAGAAGAAUGGGGUUUAUUGAAUUUGCAAUGGACCAGUUCAAGUCUCUAUCGGAUGAAGUUCAAUCUACGCUUUCUACGAAGGAGAUUGUCCCUGUAAGUGCAGAGAAGCUUCGACGCCCUAAUGAUACGGUUUCGGGAACCUAUGUGGCUGCACUGUACUUCGAAGAAGAGAAACGAUCUCCAAUAAAAAGCUUUGAUACAGUUUACCACUCCGCUCUUGUUUGUUUAGGGAUGCCGGAAUGUAUAACCGAUGAAGUUAUAUUGGAAAGAAUUCAUUCCUACAGCAGCUCAAGACGCUCUCCCCAUGAUAUUAACGACAAAGUAUCCACCUUGUUCCAAAGCAAACCCCCCACCCAGCCACCCAGUAAGGAGUGUAUGGAAUUGUGCUGGAUCCCAGCAAUAAGCCUAGAAGGGGAACUUGGGCUAUUCAGCGCUCUCCAAUGUCGAUCUACAACUUUCCAACCGUUGUGCAAUUAUUCCAUGCCAAUUAUGAAAUCCUCCAUCAGCCACAGACGGGAGAAGGAAUGGGAAGAAUGGUUGGGAUGGGACGCUGAAUUCACAGUUGAACAGAUGGAUAAGCAAUUAGAAGGAGCAAAAAAGAAUGGUGACUGUCGCUCACUGGCGAGACUAGUAGAAUAUUGGUAUAAGAUCUAUCCUCCAGGGAGGUCCCUAACGGUGGACACCAAACUAGAGCUAAAGAGUCGAAAAUGGAUUCCUGGUUCCUCGGGGCAGUUCUUUUCUCCGACUGAAAUAUUUUUCGCCGGAGCCGAGCACUUGCACCCCUACUACGAUGAUGUUUCCAAAAGGUUUCUACAAGAGGAGCGAAACGUCGAACAAUUUCUCACCCACAUCGGGGUCAAACUAGAGCCGACAUUUGAACAGGUAAUUCAUAUUUCUCCUCCCUAUCCAGUUUUAGUUUGCAAAACCAGUGGCUCCGUUCUCUGAUUCAAAGCUUCUAGUUGAAAGAGCUACAAGAGAGUAUUGCGACCGAGGAACCUCUCUCUACCCAAGAUCUGAAGGUAGCACUUUAUAUUGUGGAACAGGUCGCAGAACGACACAACGGGAAAAAUGACCAGAAUUCAAUUUCAGAAUUCAAGGCUCCGGAUCGGGAUGGGGUUAUGCGCACAUUUUCAAAGCUUACCGCCAGUGGUGAUGAUGUGCCUCUUUUCCUAGCAGAUAGGCUAACACCACACCCAAGAAUCCCGGAAUCAACAAUCAAGAAACUUGGAUUACCCACCGUGGAAGAUAGGAUCCUCGCAUCUCUCCACGACCCAGGUUUUGAGCAAGACUUCUCUCAGAAACAAAGCCUCAUGGCGGCAAUCCGAGAUACUUUACAACGGUACAGUGUGGAAAGCACUUUCAGCGAGUACUUGGCCAACGCGGAGGAUUGCCUGGAUGAAAAGGGCAAAACUGCAACCCGAAUCGAUUGGAUGAUUGACCACUCCACUGAAUACCCAACAGAGAAACUAAUAACCAAAGAACUCGAGGCGGCUCAAGGGAAAGCCCUAUUUUGCUACAAUAACGGCGGUGGGUUCCAAAACGAAGUGGCAUUUGUUCAGACGUUAAAGCAGAAUGCUGAUGGCUACUUAGUGUUUACCGACAAGGACUUUAAGUCCAUCAUUGAUAUUGGAAUUGGAUCGAAGGGUCUCGACUACUCUAAAAUUGGGAAGUUCGGAAAAGGGGCUUUAACGAUGUAAGAUUACGGUCUCGUCUAACAAGAUCUCGCGCUCACAUCACUCUUGUUAUCAAGGUAUCAUUGGACAUCCGCACCCAGCCUCGUCUCCGGGAAUUUCUAUGCGAUAUUUGAGUAGGUGACCAAAUUCAAUAUUUCACCCGCGCACGCUGACAUUCAAAGUCCCGAACAUUUAUUUUUGCCACCACUCCCCUUAACAGGCAACCCUCGGGGUGGGUUGAAGCUUAGAAUUCGAGAUGUUGAAACCCAAUGUAGGUCCUCUCAGGUCAAAUUCAUCUCAAGAUCGCCGUGCGACAUCCAACACUAACAUAAUUAAGAUCCGGAUCAAUUGAAACCCUUUGAAGGAGUAUUCGGCUUUUCGGGAGCCUCCUCAAGAUUCGAAGGAACAAUCUUCAGAUUCCCGCUUCGCGGACAAUUAGAUAAAUCUCAGCUUUGCCCAAGGAGCAUCUCAGCAAUGGAAACACGCACAUAUCUCGAACACUAUAUAGAGAAGGCAAGGAUAUCACUGAUAUUUCUCAAACAUAUCUCGUCCAUAUCCUAUUGGCAGAAGGGACUGCAGGAACCAAUCUGGACAGUCUCGGCAUCGUCAAAGCCGUUGCGGACAAUCAGAUCCCGCAGGAUAAACGAGGUGGACGUCACUAUAAAAGUCUUUGGACAGGUACAGCAUCCUGGGGCCCUAGGUUCCGCGGAGAAUGACAAAUGGUGGACAAUAGACGGACUCACCGAAGAACAACAUAUUCCACAGGAGUUAGUUCAGAUGGCGGAGUACAACAGACUUCAAGCUGCAUAUGGACUGGGUGUUCCAGAGCGCGAACAACCGACUUCUUGUUUUAUGGGACUGCCCCUUCAUGCUAAACACCCCCUAUCGCUCCCAGCUAGCAUUAAUGCAGUAAGUCAAAGGACCCUCACACUCCUGUGGAAAGAUCAUAUGCUAAAUCCCUAUUUGAAAUUUGCUCUAGAAUAUGGCGUUACAGAAUGACAGACGAACGCUCAUAUCUGAAGAGGAAAAUGGAUCCCUUCUAGGCUCAAAAUGGAACAAUUGGAUCUUCGAGGAGGGGAUUGUGCCUCUUUACCUCCUAUUCUUAAGACACCUUAUGGAGGUUCAUGGAACAAGUGGCUACCGUUUCUGGCCGGCCCCGCCCUCCGAGUUCAAAAAUUCUGACCACGUACCCUUGACUAUAUCAACGGCAUUUUGGAAAAAGGCGGUUGAAAGCUCUUAUGACCUAUACCCGCCGAUACCGCCUCCGCUUUCUACUUCUCCGGGAAGCAAACCACCGACCAUCAAAAAUCUCACCAUCGGGGAGGCUAUUUUCGACUUUCUAAGCGCAGAGUGGAGCGAAUUUAUAGUCCCACUCUUGAGACAACUAGAUAUUACAAAUAUUGUAACGCCUCAUCCUACAGUUGCGAAGGGAUUAAUAGAAGCUACGACAGGCAAAAUAUCGCUAUCAUUAGUAACUCCGGCGUAUGUUCGGGAUAUACUUCGCGAUCCAACACGCUGCCAAUCACUCAAAGACCACUGGAAGAAUGACCCCGGGAAUCUGGUAGGUAACAUUAACAAUUUACUAGCCUUCCUAUUACCGGAUACAUCAGAGGAUUGCUUGACCGGAUGUUCACUUCUACCACUUGACGAUGGGUCCUGGGGAACCUUCUCGGGAAAAUCGACUUCCCAGAUCCGGUAUUUCAUCUCUAAAACUCCCUUAGAGCGUAGUAUCCUAGAAAUUGCAGAUGGGAGACUAGUUUCCCAAGAUCUUGAGGGACCCGUAACCGAUGCACUGUUGGAGAAGGAAAUGAAUGUUUCUCCACUAACCUUCGAGGAUAUAGCCCCAUUAUGUGCGCUGGUGGAGUCAAAAGAUACGGAAUACCGAAAGGCCUGGCUCGUCAGCGUAUGGGAAUAUUUUGAGCUUUGUGUCACCAAAAAUCCCACCAACAAGGAUCAGUAUCUCAAAUCCAUCGAAUCAUUGCCGGUAUAUUGUGGGUCGAUCGUAGGUGAUUCAAAUAGCCUACUGUUUCUUAGCCCCUUAGACUUUGUUUCUGGAGACCUUCCAGCGAUCAUCGACCCUUUCUCUGUCCUCCCGGAAGGAUGCAAAUCACCACUUUUCCAAGCACUAAAUGGCUUGGUGUUAGUAAACGAAUCCACAUUUCCUAUAACAGAGCUGUUCCCUGAGUCGGUGUGGUCGUUAGCAGGUGUCCAUCGCCUUACUCUGGCUAUCAGCUCCAUACCCGCUAGGGUACCCAAAAUCGAUUCAUUGACCCAGGUCUUCUCGGGCAUACCCGCUGAAGGAAUUGAGGUAGCUAUCUCUAAGAUUCAUCUCCAACCUCAAUUCCCUCUAACAUGCAUUAGUUUCUGAGCGGGCUUGUCCUCCCUCACAUUUCAGAUCUCCUAGAUGGAGACCACCCAACAUUCAGCACGCUGAAGCAGCUUCCGAUAUGGCCUGUUCUCUCGGGGUCCUUCCAGUCCGCAACAAAGCUAAAGCUGGCUCCCCAUACAAACCUGACUCUGACAACAAUGAUAGACCAAACAACCUUUUUGAGACCUGCUCUAGCAUCCAAAUAUACGGAUGAACUAGAGAAAUUAGGUGUUCCCCAGCUGCCCUACCAAGAUUUCCUGAACUACGAGGUUGGCGUGGCUCGCGGAUACCUACAGGCCGAAAAUAUUGGGGAGUAUCAAAGAUUUCUCGACAUUGUUUAUAAGGAAAACAGAAGCAUAUUUAAUUGCUGCAACCUUGCUGUAAACAGAGACCUUUGUUUCUGUUCGCCGAGCACCCUCUAUAACUCUUCGGAACCUUUAUUCCGAGCAGCGUUCCGAGACCAAGCGAGCUCAAGAUUCCUGUGCCAAGAGUUAGCCGAGUCACAGGUUUGGAGAGACUUCCUGAUCGAGAACGUUUCGGGGCCAACCUAUAUCGAGUGCGCGCGAGCGAUUGAGCGCCGAAAUAGCCGAAAAAUUCCGGAUGACCAAAUCAAACACGACUCGCGUAUAGUAUUCCACCAUUUAUGCUGGGACUACCGAGAGAUGGGUUCUUGGGAUACGUCCAUAUGGGAAGCUCUCCUCAAUACCCACUUUGCACCAGUUCAGGAGGCUACCCCAUCUUUAGGCCAGUCACAAUUAAGGAGUCGGCAGAGAGAGAGAUUCUGGCAACAGAAUAAGCUUGUAGCGAUUUCAGAAGCUGUGGACCCAAGAUUUGAGGAAAUCUCAUGGAGCCAAAAGCCGGUGCUUCGGAAACAACUGGGUCCGCUCGCUUUGACGAUGAUAACGUCGAUAAAACCAAUGAUUACACCAACGACAGUGAUAGGGCAUCUAAAAUUCCUUGCAUCACACCGCGAGGAAAUUACAGAAGAUGAGCUUCCAACACGUAUCUCCGAAAUCAAGAUGGCCUACGAAUACCUUGAGGAAAAGAUACCCACCUACUCCAUUCAAGAAAAUGCGCUAAUCUGGCUCAAUAUCGAGUAUGAAGACCGAUCGGGGAUGGCACUAGAAACCUUCCGAAAUUCCUGGUCGUGUGCUAGGAAUCUUUGCCUAAAUAUAGAAUACGAUUCUGGGGAAAUCAGGCGUGUCUGCUCUUUCUUAGGCCGCUUCCACAACCUCUUGGAGCAUGCCAAAGUGCACAUAUUAAGACUCCGCAAACGGCGAAUCCCCCAGCCCCCUAGAAUACAGUCCCCAAUCCUCCAAGGCCUCCUUGAUCUCCGCAACCAGGGACUACUCUGUGAUGUCACAAUAAUUUCACCCCUCCAGACUUUCAAGGCACACAAAGUUGUUCUUGCUUCCGUAUCCAAUUACUGGAGAGGAAUGUUCUCCUCUCAAUUCAAGGAAUCGUCCACUACCGAAGUCCUGCUGCAGGAUGAUCCGAACACAAUCAAGGUCCUACUCGAUUACAUUUACACUAACAAGUUCAUCAAACCCCCGCAUGAGGAAGACGUCACAAGGCAACUUGAAAACUUACUCGACCAACUAGAAAAGUCGGAUAAGUGGCUCCUGCAAAGCUUCAAGCAUUCCAUGGAGCAUUACUUGUCGGAUCCCUACUGGAUUCGGCCUGAGACGGCCAAGUCCAUAUUAAGCAGUUCUAGGACGUGCAACGCAGAACAGCUCGCUCAAGUUUGUGAGGAGUAUAUCGAGGAUUUCAGGGAGAUUGUUGAGAUGGAGGCGGCUGAUGAGAAAUAA